AUGUGGACGAAGGAUUCAAAGUGGGAUGGCGUCAAGGCGAAUCUGGAUCCAGAGCAGCUGUCGAAGCUCCAGGAUCGCAACAAGCUCUUGGACAUUUUAGAGAACCAAGGUCAGCAGAUUGUAGUGGUGGGAGACACGUCGUCAGGUAAGUCGACCACAAUCAACUUUUUGCUGGGCUACCCUUUUAACUUCGUCGCUCAGGGCAUUGGCACUCGCCGGCCAUGCGUCAUGACGCUGACCCCAGACCCUGAGCGAGAGAAGGUGCUUUUCCGCACGAAGUUUCAGAAGAACGACUUUACUAGAGAGGAGGAUUUCACGUCCUUAGCAGAUGUGGCCAAUCUGGUUCGAAAUGUGAACGACCCGCGAGCUCAUCCAGAAUGGUUCGACUGCUUGAACCCUGAUCGCGAGCUGUUUCGUGGACAAAUGCCCCCCAUGAUCAGACCAGAUGAUGCUUUCGACGAGACACCCGUGUAUGUUCAGCUUUUUCACAAAGACAUAGAUUGCCCAAUGCGUUUGGUGGAUGUUCCCGGUCUCAGUCGUGGCAAUCGGCUCACAACCAAGAUUGCUCUUUCAUUUAUCAAGCCAGACAAUGCUGUUAUCCUGGUCAUCGGAAAGGACCAUCCGAACAACGGCGGUUUCCCUCAUCUCGCUGCUGCCAUGAGGGAGUGCUCCCGCACUAUCGUCGUGCAGAACUUCGCCAAUACGAAGAUCCAAGACAAUCAGGUGACAGAAAACUUCAAUGUCAUCUACGAGAAGAUGAGUGGGCGCACGGACUUGGUCUUGUACUGCAUAGACUACGGUUUGCCGUACGAGCCUGGAUUGCCCCUGUGGCAAGAAGGUUACGACCAGCAGGACUGGCACAAGAUCAACAAAGAGCAAGGUUUGCAGGCGGUUCGAAGAGCCAUGGUGCAGCACACGGAAAUGCGAGCCAAGCAGUUGCAAGAGCGGUUCAAGGACAGUAAGGUGUUCUCCAAUGUCAUUGUACCGGGCAUCGAUUUGGUUCGUAAAAAGCUGAACGAGUUCCAGUUCCACGACAUCGACGGGCACAUUGGAAGACUGCAAGAAGAGCUGAAACGACAAAUCGCAAGGCGCCAGUCGGAGCUGGAACGUGCUCAGGCCCGCGUGAAGCAGCUACAGUUCCCACCAGAGUGGGACAACAUGCUGGCAUCCUUCGCAGCAACAGUGAGAAAGUAUCUGGAUGCAACGCAUAAUGCCACGGAGAUGUACGACCCAGCGACUGGAAGCAUAAAGGAGGAUGACUCCUUGCUAUGGACAUCGGAGGAUGAAGCAAGGAGAGUCGCAAAAGGUGCUUUAGACAGUAACGACAAGCACUCGGAUGAUGACGGACUCGCCUGGUUCACUGGAGAUGUCGACAGGAAGGUGGUGGCUUUGCUGACGGAAUACUGCGGCUUCGAGUCCGAGCUGCGGCUUGCCUGCAUCCGAAGUUGGCAGCGCCUCGUGGACGAGUUUACCGGAAUGCUGGCUUUCGCGCCGAUGCCAUGCGUUCCGGCAAGCUUGCAUGACAUGGCCAAGAUGCGAGUCGGCACUGGCCAGUCCGGUCAGCUCAACUUCACGGAGGAGACAGUUAAGGUUGUGGUCGGCCUUGGUGAGGAUUCCAAGCAUCGAGGUCUUGUUCGCCCUCUCCUGGAACAGUUGGAACGACGGAUGCGUCUUCUCGUCGAGCGUGACUUUCGCAGUGCUGUCGCUUGCUUGGAAGCACGCUGCGGCGAUGAGUUGGACAGGUUCUUCGACUUGGUAGGUCAGGAGGAGUUCGAUGAGGUUGCAUCUGACCCAGGAGAGACGACGGAACAGCCUGCAAGACUUCCAGCUAUGACUCCACGCGAGAAGUCAGACAACAGAUCAAGUAAGCGGGAAGCUCGCAAGGCGGAGAUGACCAAGCUGAUCUUGGCCGGUGUUCUGAAAGCCUUGCUGAAUCAUGCCGAUGAAGUGGUGUCUUCGGUUCUGCAAGGGAGCAUUGAGUUUGACGACCACAAUGAGCCUGUGGUUGAUCCCGUGACUCAGCGCCCACGGGUACGUGAGCGCUCCGGCAUCAUGGUCCGUGUGGAUGAGAACACGACCUCUCCAGGGCCUUUGCACUGGAUGCUGCCGUUCAAAUUCAACAACAGCGGGCAAGUGAGUUUGCGAAAGCUGCUGUUCAACGAGCGGAAACUGCUGAAGGGCAGCAAUCAAGGUCUGGGCUGGCAUGCCAAAGUUAAGAGGCAGCAGCAAGGCUUUCUGAGAUCCAUUGGUGCCGGGCUUUCCACGUGCUGCGAAAAGCAAGACGACGACGAUGCUGGCCGUCCAGAGGUCGGCUGGAGCCGAAAGUUGAUCGAUGAGAUUGGCCUUCACUUCGAGGAUGGCACGCCCACGAUCAACUGCAGCAACGCGGUGAAUCUGCGAAUCUUCCGCUUGUGCACCGAGGACUACGAGGUUCCGAUGAGUCCCAAUGCUGCGCCUCACCUCUACGACGUCGAGGUGCUCAAGCUUCUCAAGGCACUGCAGUUUGAGAUGGCAGCUGCCUGGGCGUCGAUGUGGAGAGGGAUGCUGCAGGAGCUCACAGACAAAGACAAAGUCAGAGACUUCGUUGCUGAACGAAUGGUGAAUGAGCCAGUGGUAGACUACGCAAUCAAGCUGGACUGGGCCGCCGAAAGGCAACAGUCUGGAAGGAUCGAGCGGGAUGCCACUUUGGAAGCUGUGGAUGCAGUGUGUGGGUGGCUCAGCGGCUCCCGUGCUUUGCCGAACGACAUGCUGACCACCGAGGAAGAGAUCAAGAAAGCAGGUGAGGAGGCGAGAUGGCCAGAUCAUCAAGGUUACGUUGAGGUGCUGUCCCAGGUGGAUGCCAAGCAGGUUAAGACCGCGUUUAUGGCAAACAAGAACACAAAGCUUGCAGGGCAGCCGUCCUGGCUGCGCCUUUGCGACGAAUUCGUGUUUGUCAUUCUGCAGCUGAACAUGAAGAGAGUUUCGAACGAAGAGUUAAGCAUGGCAAAAGCAUCAGCAGGGAUGAUGUCCGCAGCAGGCCAGCAAGAGAUGAUUGCCAAGCUCGCGCUCCAUCGUAUGUCCCAGCUGAACAUGCACAGCCAGAAGGUAUUCAUGAAGCGCUUCAACUACCUUUGGGGGCGAGACGUCGCCACGGCACUCACUGCCAUGGAAGGUGUGGCACAAAGCCUGCGGAAUGUCACGAAGAUGGGCAUGAACGGUGCGGAUUGGCUGGAGGACCAGCUCCAUGCGUACAAGGACAAGGUGAUCUCGGGCACACUGCGGGCGUUGCAGGAGAAGUUCGAUGGCUUGUUUCCGGUGGAUUUUGCGAUCCUGAAUGGAAGGUUUCCUUUGAACGCGAAGAAGCUGCGUCGGCAGCACUUCGAGCUUCAAGACGACGGAAGAAGCGUUCGACAGCGCGAUGCCUACCAGGAGAUCAGGGACAUGUGGCAGACGGCACGAUACAAGCAGAUGCAAAAUGUGGUGAUCUCCCCUGCAGACGGAAAGUCUCCAGGAACCAUACAGCUCAGCGUGGACGGAACUAUUUCCGCGUACGAAAACCUUCAGGAGCAGCGCGAGCGGGUUGAACAGAUCUUCAACCUGCCAUGUCUCCAUCCUCCUGCAGAGAACUACGCAGGUGGUGCCUUCCAGGAGCUGUGCCUCAAGUUUUUCAAGGGCAUCCAUGUAGACGCCAUCCAUUUCUGCCGACCCCGGCUGAAGGCAAUGAUGGCGAGGCUCUAUCAGGAAGAGCAUCUGAGACGUGCUUUGCAAGAAAGCCCUGCGUUGGACUACUUGAAGGACUUCGGAGGCCACAUACUGGAGAAGCAGAAGUUAAGGAUGGAAAGCCUCAGGUGUAAGCUGUCAGCGAUGCAGCAGACUCUGAGGGAGACGGAUCGCUCCCAGCGAGGUCUAAAUGCAGAAUACUGA